AACACAGAGUGGACCAUGAGCUUCUCUGUAACAUGUUGCUCCAGUCCAACGGCAAACCUGAGCAGAAACCCGAUGCAGCACCUCAGGGUACCCUCUUCACCACUCUGGAUCUGAAGGCUGUCUGUGAUUUAUGCUCCAAGCAGGUGAAUGAAAUCACCUACAGCGUUCAGUCCGUUAUUCACAAGUGUGGCCGGAGUCUCCUCCUAGCCAAAAACAAGGCCUCCAACCAGUGGAAGUCCAUAGCUGAGCGGCCUACUGGGGGAACCAUUGGAGCUAAAGUCCUCUAUAAGGUCUGUGAUCACUUUGUUGAGGGAUCUGGAUGCAGCAGACAUAACUUAGGUAGGGGAUGCACCUAUGCCAAAAGCUCUGAAGAGGCCACAGUGUGGAACUUCCUCAGAGAGAAAGGUCUCAGUAAGACGGAGUUAAUCACACACAUAAUCGAGUCUGAUCCAGUCUCAGAAACACCAGAACAUGCAGCCCAUAGAAUUCUUCAGAGGUUUUCUGGGAGAUUCAUGGAGUUCUGCAAAAGUUGUUUUCUGGGACGGCCGACUAAGCUGACACCAAAGCGAUGGAAUGACUUCUCCUCUGCAGAUGCAGUUCACACCUGGGAGCCGGUUCUAGUUCAUCACCUGUCAGAGGACAGCUCAAAGCACAUCUACAGCCAGGUCCGCCCCCUUCCCCCAAACUGCCCCUUUAACUUCUGCAGUCACAUCCGUCAGGGUAAGCCCUGCUGGCACCAGGCUGGCCACUGCAAGGCCGCCCAGAGUGAGGUGGAGAUGGCGGUGUGGAAGGCUGAGCACAGCGGCCUCUCAGUGCGUCCUCACCUCCUUCGGCUCAGUCAGGAGAAUCAGGUUCAGUCCAAGCAGGUCUCCAUAUUCUGUAAGGUGUGCCUGCUGGUGCUGUCCACCCCAGAGAGCUUCUACAAGCACUGCUCUACACUAGAACAUGCCCAGCUCCUGUCCCAGGACACCACCACCAAGUGGAAACAGCGGCAGCCUCCCCACGGCCGGCGGGCAGAGUUAUGGCUCUGCAACAGACCAAAGACCUGUGAAUACGGCUCAAACUGUCCAAAAGCUCACUCUGAGGAGGAGCUUAAGGAGUGGAUGAUGAGAUCUGCAGAGGAGAAGGAGAUCCGAUGCAGCAUGGAGACUGAGGGCCUAAUGUGCUACAACCAGCAGCUUCUAGACGAGUACAGGAACAGCAGCAAUGAAGUCUAUGUGUUGUCUGAAAAUGUUGAUGAUGUCAGCAUCUCCUGUGAUGAAGAUUUAAGUGUAGAGAGUGAAAACAUCAAUGCAAAACUCUCAUGGAACUUCACGGUUGAGACGGAGAGACAGUUGGUGCAUGUUGCACUGCUGAAGCAGGAACCUGGAGCUUCAUUCAGCCUUGGUGCUGCUGACAGCUCUGAACCAUGCAUCUACUCUACCGGGGAAAGAUUCCUCACCCCCAGCGGGACCUAUGUCAUCACUGUGUGUUUUACAUCUAUGCACCCAGGCCUGUAUGAACAGUGGCUGGUGCUAGAUUUUCAAAUGAGACCAGUCCUCUUGAAAAAACUCAAAGUCAGAGUUGGCCAGCAAUCAGCAGACGACGCCAAGGAGCCCGUCUUCAACCAGGGGGUCAUUGUUGAAAGUACAGAGCGCUGGACUCGAGGGAACAGAGUAAUAAUACCCUGUUCUUUCAGAACAGAAAAACAGGAGGAGCUUUGGAAGGAGUACAAGCCUCCAGAGCUCAGUGUUCUCUACAGACGGCCGAGCAACAACCAGACAGCUCUAACAGCUGAAAACUACAAGGCAAAGAUGCAUGAGUUCCUGUACAAUGAGGAACUAGCAGAGGACCAAGUGGUUUCAAGACUCAAUGUUUGUGGGCAAAUAACAACCAUGGAUAAACUGAACAGUGGUUUUGAGAUGGAGUUUGCCCCUCAAGGGCAACUUUACUGUUCUGUUUCCAGUCCUUACAAGCUCACCAUGGACAGUCCUGAAGGACUGGCACUGAAACGAAGCGUCCAGUGUGCCCUGAUAGCUCCUUCAGACUCGCUGCAUCCUAACUCUAAGGUUUAUGAGGCCAAGGUCCUGCAGCUGAGAACCAAUGAGAACCAAAUAUUCCUUCAGCUCUCUAAACAGUGCUGUUUUGAUCUUGCUCUUCAAAACAAUGAGUCUUAUCAAAUGGAGGUGCAGUUUCAGUUGGAUCGCCACUUCUUAUGUAACAUGCACAAAGCCAUAGACCUCCUCCCAGAUACCAGCAGAGUUCUACCAGACCUCCAGAACUGUGCAGUUCCUGUCACCGAUGUCACCUACGAGAAGCUGAACGCCAAGCAGCAGUCUGCAUUGAGCUUCAUUACAGGGAACCACGAUAAGAAGAAGUUCACAGCGCCGCUGCUCAUUUAUGGACCUUUUGGAACAGGGAAGACCUUCACCAUGGCAACGGCAGCCAUGGAGCUUUGCAGGAAUCCUAAUAACAAAAUCCUGAUUUGCACCUACACCAACAGUUCGGCAGACCUGUACGUCAGGGAUCACUUUCACCCCUCCAUGGCUAAAAACAACAGACUGAGGCCUGUUCGCAUCAAAGCAAACAGUCAAUAUGCGCUGGCUGCCACAGAUCAGGACACUUUAAAAUAUUGUUUUCUCUCAGAAGAUAGAAAGUCCUUCUUGCCCCCUACUAGAGCUGCCCUGGAAAAACACAACGUGGUGGUGACUACAACAACCAUGGCAGGACAGUUUCAUGACCUGAAACUCCCAGACGGAUUCUUCACCCAUAUCCUGAUUGAUGAAGCCUCUCAGAUGCUGGAAUGUGAAGCCUUGUUGGCUCUUAGUCUUGCAGGGCCGACCACCAGGGUUGUUCUGGCUGGAGAUCACAUGCAGAUGGGACCCCAGCUCUUCUCUGUGGAUGACCACCGUCGUUCAGACCACACACUCCUCACUCGUUUGUUCCACUACUAUCAAGGCCAGAGGUGUGAUGCCGCCCUGAACAGCAGGAUCAUUUUUAAUCAGAACUAUCGGUCAACUAAAGAGAUUGUGGAGUUUGUCUCCACCCACUUUUAUGUUGGUAAGAAUGAUGUAAUUGAAGCUUCAGGAGACGUUCCAGCUCCUCCAGAUGGUCAUGCUCUCCGUUUUCACCAUGUUCGGGGAGAAUGUCACUUGGACACCAUGUCCAUGACUUGGUACAACAAGCAAGAGUCUUUGAAAGUUGCUGAAGUUGUGAAGGACAUUCUGAAAAACUGGCCACAGAACUGGGGGCCCAAGGACCUAAAGUCCAUUUGUGUUCUGUCAGAAGGUGAUCAGGUUCGACAGAUCAGAGCCGUGCUUUCAAGAAAGGAUUUCUCUGAAGUCAACGUUGAAACAAUUUCUAACGUACAAGGCAAGCAGUUCAGGGCCAUAAUUCUGACAGCUGUACAAACCCGCAACAGCCUUAAGGAAUCCAGCCUGUCCGGACUGCCUCUCUUCAAUGACGCUCGUGUCCUAAACACUGCAAUGACCAGGGCUCAGUCUCAGGUGACUGUAAUAGGAGAUGCUGCAGCCCUCUGCUGCUUCGGGAAGUGCUCCAGAUUCUGGCAAAGCUUCAUUAAUCACUGCAUCAGCAAAAACAGUGUAGAACCCAUUCAUUACACCAAGGGUUUCUUUGAACAAGAUGUAGGGGAAACUGCCAGGUUUCAGAGGGUGGAAGAGGUGGAUGAGAGCAACACCAUCUCUGACUCAAUCCUGCAAGAGUUAAGAGAUGAAUAUGAACAGAUGAAGACUGAAUAUAGCUCGGAUGAAGAUAGUUUGGACGGAUUUGUUGAGUUUAAGAACAAAGAUUUUACCCAUCAGCAGUUAGUUUCUAAUAAUGGAAAAAAUCUGAGGGAGUUAUGUGAUAAACGACCAGAUUUGUUCAUGAAAGGAAAGUUUAUUAGGAAUUCUUAUAAGGAUGGUUACGUCAUUCCUUUUCAAAAGCCUGUCAGGCAUAUAUACAUUGAGGGAAAAGCCAACAUAGGGAAGGCAUUCACUGGAGAUGAAAUUCUCUUUCAAAGACGGACUGCUGAGGGACCAGCUAGGGUGGUCGGUAUCAUCAAGGAAAAUAAAUCUGCUCGGGAACUCCUCUGCUUCCUUGAGGAAGAAGAUCACAGCAAAAGACCUUCAUCUAACUUAAAUGAAUUUGUAAAAAGGUUGAUGAUUCCAAUCAAUAGAAGUGCACCUAAAAUAACCAUUCUGAUUAAGAAAAACAGGCGUAAGUUCCUACCAAUAUGGGAGCAAACCAGUGGCGCCAGGUUUAUCACAAGAUUUUGCCAUUUCAGUGAAGUCAGGAACAUGGUUUUUCAGGUGCAGGUCAUCAAAUGGAAAGACAACUGCUAUUAUCCUUUGGGAAAAGUUACAGAUGUUUUCUCAUAUAGAGGACUCUUAGACGACCAACUUUGGCUGCUGAAAGAAGAAUUAGACAUUGAAACAAAUAUUUUGGAGCCAUAUGAAGAUCUUCAAGAUGAAGAUAAAGAUAGUGCAAAGAGACAGGAUGAAAUAAAGCUAUUGACUUUCACUGUUGAUCCGAAGGGAGCAAGAGAUCUGGAUGAUGCCAUCAGCAUUAGGGAUGAUGGAAACUAUUAUCAGCUUGGAAUCCACAUUACAGAUGUGGCAAGUUAUGUGAGUCUAGGUAGUGAACUAGACAGAAUAGUAAAAAAUCGUGGUUCCUCACAUUACACCGAAAAAGAAACCAUUCAUAUGUUCCCUGAAAACCUGAGUAUUAGACGUUUUAGUCUUCUGCCUGGUCAGGACCGCAGGGCCGUGUCCUUGAUGUUCAAAGUUGAAAAGGAAACACACAGGAUCCUCGAGGAUCCAAAGUUUCAGCUUUCCCUGAUAAGGUCCAAUUGGCAGUUCACGUAUGAAGAAGCAGAGGACAUCAUUACCCAAAGAUACAGAGAGCCCCCAAAAUUCGACACAGUGGAGGACUGUUUGACCGUGGCCUACCACUUUGCUAAAGCUCAGAAGAAGAUAAGACAGGGGAAUGAAUGGCCAUAUUCUCAGUGUGAUGACGACAGGUUUCCUGGGAGGCGUAAAGCCCACCAGAUGAUUGAAGAAAUCAGUGUGUUAUUUAACAGCUCUGCUGCCAAGUUUCUGUGUGAUGCCGGUAUGACCAGAUACCACACCCCACUCCGCUGUCAGGACAGGCCAGAGCCUGAGAGGCUGGAAACAUUCAGGGAGAAAUGUAGGGAAGUGAUACCACUGUCUUUUAGUGUGCAACAAAGACUCAACAUUGAGGAUCUAAACCUGCCUCAACCUGAACCAAACAGUGAGCAUUUUCCCAUCCUAGAAUCUGUGUGGAAAGAUAUCCAGUCAGCUCUAAGAGAAAAUGAUACCGACAGACUGGUGGACCUCAUAGCAGCUGAUGACAUUCAUCCUUUGUUGCAACCUGUCAUUUAUGAAUUUCAAAGGUGCCACAAUAAAGCUUAUUACAUCCGCUCAAACUCCUGUCCUGAAGCAGCGAUUGGACAUUUUUCUCUCAAUUUAAAACCGUACACACAAGCCUCCUCACCAAUAAGGCGUUAUGUGGAUCUGGUCUUGCAAAGGCUCUUGCAUUCUCUCAUAUGUAACGUUCCUCCGCAGUACGAACACUCUGAGAUUGAAGAUCUGUGUAAUCAGUUUGACCCGGUUGCAAAGAAAGCUAGGCAGUUCGAGCAAAAGGCUCAGCAGGUCCACUAUGCAGUGAGCACCAAACAGCAGAGUGCACCAAAGCUAGCCAUCGUUGUCUCUGCAGAUCCAGAGGAAGAGAGCUUCAGAGUCUCAUUUCCUUUUAGCAGGCAUAUAUUUGGGUUGCCUUUAUCCAUCAUGUUUAGAGAGUUACAGUUAGAGGACCAACCAAUCUACGACUCCAGGAGGAAUACCAUGACCCUAAAAUGGAGUAGAAGGAUAUAUGCAGCCAACGAACAACAGAUCCACCAAGAGUUGAUCAGGAUGUCAGGUCGUGGUGCAUCCAUUAAGAUUCCCCUGACAGUAUGGACUGCAGUAAUUGAAGCAGUUCAGUCAGAAGACUUGGAUCAGGCUAAGUUCCUCCUGAUGAAAGCUGAGCCGCAGGAACCAGAACCAGAAGUCUUACCUGUACCUUCAUCGGCCACUUCUCUGGAGCACUAUAAUGAAAUUCCUCUUCAACUGCAGCCAGGUGAUACCAUUCAGGUACAGAUGACAUCAGAGGAGAAAAGGGGCUCUGAUUUACCCAUUAUACAAUUGGUGCACAUUAAUCCAAAGUUUGAGAUUUGUGUCCAGCAUGUCCAUGACCCCUGCUCAUGCUAUACCCGACCUGCCUAUGUGCUAUCAAAGCCUCAUUAUAAAGACACAAACGACUAUAUAGGAAUCUGGAAGCCCAUGUGUGAGAUGGAAUCUGCAUCAAAUGCAGUGGAGGAAAGUGACAGCAUCAUCAUUGAGGACCUCGAGGUAAAGUUUACUCGCAGGGAUGGAAAUGUAAUGACAGGAAAGUUCUUCUUACAUCAGAAAUGGAUCAAAGACUGGAUUAUAGAGUUCUACCUUGAUAAGUGCUUCCUUUGCAUUCGGAAAAGAGGUCUGAAAUUGCCUGAACCUCAAAAUCAUUCAGCACCAGUAGACCCAAAAGAGUUCACAUGGGUGGCACAUGGCAUCACAACCAAUGUAGAAGAGGGAAAAGCUGGAAGUGAAGUGGAUUUUAGUGUCAGUCACCUGCCAAUGGAAAAAGUUCCUGAAUGUGUUUCCCAGAAAAACAUUCUUUAUACUGCUGAGAUCAUCCCAAAGCUUCUGCCUGACAUCCGGAAAGAAGCUGCUGUUGUUAGCCUGAAUGGAGCAUGUGACCUGGUGAAGAGGAUUGCACUCGGACAAAAGAUCCCUAAAAAAGUUGUAAAAGAAAGUGUGCUGAAACACCAGGUUGCCAAAAUGAGGUUACCAGCAGGACUUCCAGAGCUUAAUGACAGUCAGCUAUGUGCUGUUACAGAUGCUUUGAACAGAACUUUCACCGUGAUACAGGGUCCACCAGGAACGGGGAAGACGGUUGUUGGUGUGAAUAUUGUGUACUGGUUUCUGAAGUUAAACUCUGAGAGCCCCAGGAAUUACAAAGACCCAAAGGACAGAAACAAAAAAGAAGUCAUUCUCUACUGCGGUCCCUCCAACAAGUCUGUUGACGUUGUUGCAGAGUACUUGAUGAAGUUUGGAAAAACACUUCGGAUUCUCAGGAUUUAUGGCAAGCAAGUAGAGGCUGUUGAAUAUCCUUACCCAAACUGUGACCUGCAGUUUUCCCACAGAUCACUUCGGCAGGAACGUUCUAAGCCAGAGCUCAGGGCCAUCACUAUGCAUCAUCGCAUGCGUGAGCCGGCGAACCCCUCGUCAAAUGAAAUAAAAAAAUUUGAUGAACGUAUUAGUCGUGGGGAUGAUUUGACUUCUGACGAGGUGAAAGAAUACAAAAAACUUCUCAAAGAGGCUCGGAUAUACGAACUAAAACAACAUGAUGUCAUACUAUGUACUUGCACUCAGUCGUCCACCCCCAUCCUCCAUUCUACUGUCAGUGCACGUCAGAUCCUGAUUGAUGAAAGUGCCAUGGCCACCGAACCCCAGACUCUGAUUCCUUUAGUCUGCAACGACCCUGAAAAGGUGGUGCUCAUUGGUGACCACAAACAGCUCCAGCCAAUUGUGAAGAAUCCUAGUGUAAAGAGAUUGGGGAUGUCCAGGUCUCUUUUUGAGCGCUACUACACCAUACACCACAAAAGUGCUGUGAUGCUGGAUACUCAGUACAGAAUGCACCAGGACAUCUGCCAGUUCCCCUCAGAGGAAUUUUAUGAGAACAAGCUGAAAACAGGCGUGCAUCAGCCAAGCAGCGUCCUGCGUGUUGAAGGCAGGACGAUGCCAUGCGUGUUUGGGCACAUUGAAGGAGAAACUGUUUGUCAAGUGGUGAAGACUGCAAAGGGCAACAGCAACUCCAAGGCGAAUGCCAGUGAGAGAGAUAAAGUGAGUACUGAGCCCAGCGCUGGGAGACCCAAAGCCCCAGAUGCCCAAAGGGACCCCAAGAGUGAAGGAACCAAGAAGGGGGAAAACCCAGGAAAUCUGACCCCCACCAAGGGAGGAGGGAGAGGGGCAUCCCACCCCCUGCAGGAGUCCCGGCCGGCCGGGCCCCGCAAAGAAGCCGCCAGGAAUGAGCCAGUAGCCACCCAGGCAUACACCCUCAAACCCCGAGCUCCACCAGUGCACCGGCGACCCCAGGCGCCAGCCAGCGGAGGGAGAGCAGGACAGGGGGAAUGGGCUCCGCACUAA